AUGUUCGGUUCUCGUACGCGCCUACUGGCACGGAUAGCUCGUCCCCGACUUUUGAAUCCAACAUCUGUAUGCAUACCCAAAGUCUCUUUAUCAAGAUAUCAUUCUCCUCGUGCAGCCGGGAUUCCACGACAAUUUUCUCAGACAGUCUCUCGAAACAAAGCGCUGGAGGAACGUUACAGACAAGAAAAUGCAGAAAAUGAGGAUGUGGAUGGCGAUGAGAACACCUAUCCUCUCUACUCCGUCUCUGAUGGAGAGGCACACAAUGCUUUUGAGCGCGCCAAAGCUAACUGGCCUUCCCAUCCGAACCCGCCUGACGGUUGGAACACCAAUUGGGACGAAUAUGGUCUUCUCCCUACCUUAUUCUCACAUAGUCCUUACUUCAUGAUGCUUCCUCAAAUUGAGAUGGUCCGCAUCAGACAAGGCAUCAAAGGUUCACCGGUGGAGGGCGUGAUGUUCAGUGACGAGGACGGGAGUUUGGUCCUCAAGGUGGGUGGGGGAGAGCAACUUUACAGUUUCGACAUGGGAGAUACGCAAAUGUCCAAAUUUGACGAAGUUGGAGGGAAGAGUCCCUUACCGGAGUCGAAGGAGGGUACUUCUCUAUUCGAAAGAAUCAUAGAACGCGACGAUACCGUCAGACAGGAUCUCUAUAGAUUAGGAUAUCUUCCUUCGGUCCCUUCGGCAACCACAGAAGAGCAGGAAGCAAGUGGUUUCAUCGGUGGGGAUGCGCAAGAGGUGCGCAAUCAAGGAGGGGAAGCAGCCGAGAUCCUACAAAUGAAGGAAGACGUGGACCAGAUGAUGCGCGACAAUGGCAUUGAGCCACCAGAGGAUCCGGAGGAGUGGGAGCGGGAGUUCAUGAAUCUGUCGCAGAGACUUCAAAAAAGCUUUGGUGACAUUGAAGCUGACAUCGACAGCUUGCGACGAGCUCUCGAUGACCUGGACCCAGAUGUGGGUUUGCGUCAGGUAGACGAGCUGAUUAAAAAAUACGAGAUGGCUAACCCUACUGCUACACAACGCUCAGAUGCUGAUGUCCUGGAAUCCUCGAAGGGACAUGCAGUCAAAAGAAAUAAGGGAGAAAGGCAGUGA